UGGGAAGCGCGUUGGAAGUUGCGCAGUGACUGAGGGUUUGGGGUUUUUUGGGGUUGUGGUGUUUUCGCCGGUUCACGCUCGUAACGAAAGCCAAUAACCAUGGAGGCCCCUCCUGUCACUAUGAUGCCCGUCACUGGCGGCACCAUUAAUAUGAUGGAAUAUUUACUUCAAGGGAGUGUUUUGGACCAAAGCCUAGAGAGUCUGCUUCAUCGGCUCCGUGGCUUGUGCGAAAACAUGGAACCUGAGACUUUUGUGGACCAUGAGAUGGUGUUCCUUCUGAAGGGGCAGCAAGCCAGUCCCUUUGUACUGCGUACACGUCGCUCCAUGGACAAACCUGGUACCCCUUGGCACCUGCGGUAUCUUGGGCAACCGGAAAUGGGAGACAAAAACCGCCACACUUUGGUACGCAACUGUGUGGACAUUGCCACCUCUGAGAAUCUGACAGAAUUCCUGGUGGAGAUGGGCUUCCGCAUGGACCAUGAAUUUGUGGCCAAGGGCCACAUAUUUCGUAAGGGCAUUAUGAAGAUUGUGGUGUACAAGAUCUUUCGCAUCCUGGUUCCAGGGAACACUGAUAACACCGAGCCCUUGUCUCUCUCCUACCUUGUGGAGCUCAGUAUUGUAGCACCAGCAGGGCAGGACAUGGUUUCGGAUGACAUGAGGAGUUUUGCUGAGCAGCUAAAGCCUUUAGUACACUUAGAGAAAAUUGAUCCUAAAAGGCUGAUGUGAACAAAUUGGCCUCUACUGACUGAGGAGUUUCAGAAGGCUUUGACCAGCAUGGACAGGCUCAUCUGCCUCAGACCUCUCCAUACGAUCUAGUUGGCUUCAGAUUUGGAGAUGGCUUGCUUUCUGGUGAUUCCAAAUAAAAAAGAGGGAAUGUUUGUUUUGUACUGCUUUUGAAUUCCCCUUUCUGGACUCUGGUGUUAGAGCAUCCAGCUUUUGAGAGCUCUGCGCAAAUCUUCCUUGGGUGGGAUUAAGUGGAAACCAUCUGAACCCUUGGGAUCAGCACAGCAACGGCGUGUGUAACUUCAUAUUAAGUAAUUUCUUAACAUUCCUCUUUGAUCUACUGAAGUGUAAUCCCUUCAUAUUUACUACAGCUUCCUUUGAGGUUCCUGUUUUUCCUGCUGUCUGGCGGAGGAAAUGCUCCUGUGCUGAGCUAAUGUCACGCUUAAAUAGAUCAGACUUUUUUUUUUAACUGGAAUGUCUAAGGUCCAUCACCAUGUCUUAAAAGCAAAAGUGCAUUUCUUUGCAAUUAAGGCACAAGAGUAUGCAGUGAGCCUGAGGAUGCACUCUUGCUGAAGGAUACUGGAGAGCAAUCCUAAGUAGGUCUACUCAGACUUCUACCACAGUCUGUUCAAUGUACCUUACUCCCGGGAAUGUGUUUUUAGGAUGGUACAAUGAGACCCUUACUUGACUGACCUGGUCAUUAUGACCCUUUCCUUUAUUAAUAUGCUCCUUUGACCAAAGGUCUUGAACAUAAAACAAGUAGAAUAAAAUACAUGGCCAUUCUAAUUCACACCA